AUGCCUCUCCUAGUAUUCAAUAAAAAGACUCGUGUGCCAUCCAUGGAUAUGGACGAACAACACGAGCGAGAACGACAAUUUCAGAAACAACUUCAACAAAAAGUACACGACGAAGAAGACUUUGAUUCCUGGAAGAAUGCUGAUAAACAGAAAAUCAACAACUCGUCACUCUCUGUACAAGCUUCUUCUUCACGAGGAAGAUCCAAAUCCGAACAUCAACAAAAUACAACAACCUCCUCUCCAUCAUCACAAAAUGGAGAAAAAAGCUCAUGGUUCGGACGCGGAAGAUCUCAAUCAAACAAACAACAACCUUCCUUGACAGUAACAUCUCCAUCAGAUGCUGUGGAAGAGACUCAAGAAGGAGUUUCUAAAGAAGAGAUGAGAACCGGCAAGAUGCAACACCAACACACCAAGAAGAAGGGACAAGUUGGCGAUUAUGAAGAGGAUCAUGAGGAGGAAAGACAAGAAAUUCCAAAGGACGAACAAAAGGUGAAGAGGAAAUACAGUUUAAAGAAAAAGAGUGCUGAAUUGUUAUCUUCUGAUGAGUGA